CUAAUCCUAGACUUCGAACUUGAAACCUUCUUCACUCCGGCUACUCGAAAUUAAAAUGUCUUGCGCCGGAGCGGCGGACUGCAGGAGGUCGCCGUGCUGCAUAUCGCACGAGUUCUAUAAAGCCGCCUCUAAAUCCCCCAACAAGGUAGCCGUUAUACACGCGUCCUCAAUUGCCCGCGAUUCCGCUCAACCAGCUGCCAAUAGUACCAAAUUCGCCUCCGCGGAAUCCCGACCUCCGCUUUAUGAUGGCGACGAGCACUUCACUUUCUCCGAUAUCCUCUCCGCCGUUGAAAAUCUCAGUUUGCGGCUAAGGCGAUUUCUCGACGGCACCACUAAGCCGUCUUUGAUCAAACCUCGUUCAGUUAAUGUUGCAAGUGACAAGUCUGUACACAUUUCUGAAUAUUUGGAAAGCUCAAGUCAAAGUGUACAACAGCCAACUAAGACUAGGAACAUGCACAUUCCAAAAGUGGUAGGAAUAUAUAUGGAGCCAUCCGUUGAGUACAUUGUCGCCGUCCUUUCGAUUUUAAGAUGCGGGGAAGCAUUCAUGCCUCUUGAUCCCAGUUGGCCGAAAGAAAGGAUAUUGUCACUAUUAUCAUAUUCAAAAGCUGAUCUAGUUAUCGGGACUGAUAAGUCAAUCGAGGGGAAUAGUUGUCACAGGCUUGAUUCAUCAAAAUGGCUUGUUGAUGAAGGACGAAUUCCUGUUUUGUUUUAUUCUGUAAAGGAGAUCAUUAACAGACAGUCUCAUUUAAUACUGGGUUGGCCUUGUGAAAAUGAAAGCUUAAGAUCAUUCUGUUACUUGAUGUAUACAUCAGGAUCUACUGGAAAACCUAAAGGUGUAUGUGGCACUGAAAUAGGUCUAGAUCAUUUAUUUUGUUCACCCACGCCAGUGCUCUCAUGGCAGAACGAAAUUACUGUAGGUCUUCUUAAUCGGUUUUUAUGGAUGCAAGACAUGUAUCCUCUACACGAAGGAGAUGUAGUGCUUUUCAAAACAUCAAUAAGCUUCAUUGAUCACAUGCAAGAGUUUCUUGGAUCGAUACUCUCUACUUGUACGUUGGUGAUACCUCCUUUCAGUCAGCUAAAAGAAAAUGUAUUUUGUAUUAUAGACUUUUUACAGGGAUACUUCAUUAGCAGAUUUGUAGCAGUACCGUCCUUAAUGAGGACAAUCCUUCCUUCUCUACGUGGUCCAUUAUUAGCAGCAAUUCAAGAUUCACUGAAGUUACUUGUGCUAAGUGGUGAAGUUCUGAAUAUUCCCUUGUACAAUAUGCUUCUGAAGUCUCUACCCAAGACUUCGAUAUUGAAUCUUUAUGGUAGCACUGAGGUGACAGGUGACUGUACAUACUUCGACUGCAAAAGAUUGUCUCUGCUUCUGGAAACGGAGGUGCUAACCAGUGUACCAAUUGGUUUACCUAUGUCUAACUGUGAUGUGGUUCUUCAUGGUGAAAAUAAUCCACAUGAAGGGGAGAUAUUUGUUGGUGGACUAUGUGUUGCGGCAGGUUACUUCAACCAUCCAUAUCUCAAGCCCUUAGCAGAUGGGACUUUGUCUUCAGAACAUGAUGCUAAUGGAUGUAAAGUUCAGCAUUACUAUAAAACUGGUGAUUUUGCCAGAAAGCUCCCUAGUGGUGAUCUGGUUUGUCUUGGAAGGAAGGAUCGUAUUGUAAAGGUUAGUGGGCAUCGCAUUGCUCUUGAGGAAAUCGAGAGUGCGUUGCGGGAUCAUCCUGAUGUAGCUGAUGCAGCAGUGUUAUCCCGCGAGGUUGAUGGAGAAUUCUUACUUCUUGAAGCUCAUGUGGUGAUGGACAAAACUGCCGAACAUGAUAAACUCUUAAAAACUGCCCUUAAAAAUUGGUUACUGGGCAAGCUUCCAAGGAUAAUGAUACCAGUCAACAUCAUGUUAACCAAAUCACUUCCUUUGACAUCUUCAGGGAAGGUUGACUUCCUUUCAUUAGCUAAUUCAACACUUCCUGACCAACAAUCCAGGAUUGAUAUCGGAGAAAUUUCUCAGGACCACCUCAUUCAAGUCAUCAGAAAGGCCUUUUCUGAAGUGUUAAUGGUUGAGAAGGUUUCAGCUGAUGACAAUUUUUUUGUGAUGGGCGGUAAUUCUAUAUCUGCAGCUUAUGUCUCAUUCAAGCUGGGAAUCCAUAUGAAGUUUCUAUACACUUUCCCUACUCCGUCGAUGCUUCAAAUGGCCCUUUUGUCACCCAGUUCUCAUCUAGAAACUUAUACUGAUUUGGAAGUAGAUUCCAGAAGGCCAGAAGGCAGGAUUUUAUCAAGGGAAUCAAGUAUUUCCAGUACUCUUCUUGACAAGGCUAAUAAAAUGUUAAUUCAGGCUGAUACUGAUGGAGGCAUUUAUAAUCCUACUAAGAAGUCAAAGACAGAGUCAAAUGCCUGUUACUCGGAGAAACAAAGCCCUGCCAAUAGUUUGUGGAAUCCCACUGCAGUGCAAACUGAAUGCUCGUUUAGUCGAUGCAACAAAAGCGAGCAUGGAAGGCAAUGUGACAGAAGUUACUUAUGCAAUAGUAUCGGGCCCAACAUUGUACCAAGAGAUGGAAAAGGAUUUAUGCGAGAACUUUGGAAAGUUGACAUGGGUUCUUGUGUUGAUGCAUCACCUCUUGUGGUUUCCAGUGGAAGUAAUAUCUAUUUGUUCAUUGGAUCUCACUCGAACAAAUUUGUUUGUAUAGAUGGAAGAAGUGGUAUUGUUCAAUGGGAGACCAGAUUAGAUGGACGUGUAGAAUGUUCAGCUGCAAUUGUCGAUGAACUUUCUCAGAUUGUAGUUGGUUGUUACCAAGGAAAUAUUUACUUCCUUCACUUUUCAAAUGGCAAUGUCAAAUGGAGUUUCCGAACUAAUGGUGAGGUAAAAUCGCAGCCAGUGGUUGACAAGUGCAGACAUUUGGUUUGGUGUGGAUCUUAUGACCACAGUCUGUAUGCCAUCGACUACAAAAGCUACUGCUGUAUUUAUAAACUUCCUUGUGGGGGCAGUAUAUUUGGUUCACCUGCUAUAAAUGAGAUGCAACAAAUGCUUUAUGUAGCAUCCACCAAUGGGCAUGUUACAGCAUUGGAAAUUAAGAAUCUUCCCUUUAAGAAGUUAUGGAAGCAAGACGUGGGGGCACCUGUUUUUGGUUCUCUUUCAAUCAAUUCUUCUGAUGGAAAUAUAAUUUGUUGCUUGGUAGAUGGGACUGUUGUUGUCCUCAGAACCUGUGGGUCCAUUGUUUGGAAGGUCAGUACUGGUGGGCCAAUUUUUGCUGGACCCUGCGCAUCUCAAGCAUUGCCUUCUCAGGUGCUCAUAUGCUCUAGAGAUGGAUGCAUCUAUUCUUUUGAGAUGGAGACGGGUAAUCUGAUCUGGAAGCACACAUUAGGUCGUCCAAUCACUUCAUCUCCUUAUGUAGAUGAGAACACCCAAUUGAUGUCCAACAACUCCAGCUCAUCUGACAGGUUAAUCUGUGUCUGCGACAGUUCUGGUAGUAUUUUUGUUCUUAGAGUUGAUUCCGAUAUGAACAAAGUUGAGGAAUUUGCUCGACUGGACCUGGAAGGCGAUAUCUUUUCUUCCCCGGUGAUGAUCGGGGGCAGGAUUUUUGUGGGUUGUAGGGAUGACUAUGUGCGUUGCAUUAAGCUUGACAUCAAAUAGCUCAAACUUCAACAUGAACAGUGUAUCCGUCUCCACUUCCUCGACCACGAUGAAGAUUUUAGUAGUAAAGUUUGAGUGGCAUCACAUGGUGCGGUGUUGGCGGAGAGCUCAGGAUCACCGGAGAGAUGGGAACGUCCAUCGAGAUUCUGCCGCAAGAAUUGUAGCUAAACAAGUUGUUUGAGAGAGUAGAUAGUGUAGAAGAAGAGAUAGUAUUCAUCGUUUCAUUGCUUAGUUGCAGAAGAAGAGUACAAUGCUAUUGAUAGGAGAAUAGCUAUUCAAUGCUAUUGAUAACUAACUGUUUGUUGGCGGUUAUAAUAUCGUCUGCCACUUAUAUUUGGGUAGUAUUUUGAUAUUGAUUCAAAUAAAAAUAAUGAGCUAAUUAAU